AUGGUUGCUCACGCUCUAUCCGAAGCCGAGUUUUAUCAAUGGAUGAAUGAAUCCCUUGUAAAGCUUGAAUCUCAGUUGCAAACUGUCUUUAACGAAUUUCGAUCGCUCCAAACCGCGUGGGAAACCCCCCAAACCCAAAACUCAUCACCACCAUCUCCACCGCCCGUUUCCGUCACCGCAUCACCUGUUUUGGCAGCCAAACCAAUACCCAUUUCCGUUCCCGUACCAUCACCUCCACCACCAGUUGUUUCCUCCAUGACACCAAAACAAGUUUCUGUCACCAAUCAACCACCGAAAAAAAACUUCCGCCGCCCCACCUCCAAUAACCACUGUUCUAUACCAACCCCAUUGACUUCAAAACCCGUACCGGCAUCACCGCAAAAAGCCACUACGACCGAGCCGUCAUCCAAACCAAAACCUACCCCAUCUCUGAUUCAGGCAUCAAUGGUUUCUUCUGGGCUGAGAAAGGUCGUGUAUACGAGUACGACAACAGAGCAAGUGACACAAAUAAAUGGAGCAACCCCAAACCGUGACUGGCGGCCACCGUGGAGCUACAUUAAAACUGCUCCGAAUGCUGCUGGGAGAACCGAGUGGCGACCACCUUGGUGCACCGUUAAUGAUCCAGCUUAA